AUGACUUAUUCAUCAUACGACGACGACGGCGGAGCCGUCCAUUCGGCGCCUCAGCCAAAUAAAGGCAACGGGUGGAGAAAAAGUAGAAGCGAUAGCAGAGGCCGUCAGAACAGUCUCAAGACAAGGGGUGCAGCACACUCUGUGCCUGAUGCUUCCUCGCUUGAAACACUGGAGCAACGAUGGCUGCACGAACAAGAGGUCCUGCGCGAGCGUCAGCGUCGCGUGGAAGAGGAACUUAACGCAAUAACACAGCGCUAUGGUUGUCUGGUGGAGUGCGAUAGCAGAGGCAGCGCCAGCGAUCCCUGCUCCAUUGUGUGUGAGCCGCCAGCGAAUUACGGUGGCCCGGCCAUGUGGCUAAUCGUCCGCGAGCAGGAGGAACUUCGUCGUUCCCGUGAGGACCUCCUCCUCCACUGGCAGCAGCAGGUGCGCACGGCGAAUUUCUGCUGUGAGCAGGUAGUGGCCGCUCAGGGUGGAGUGCCGAGUGCCGUUGUGAAGGAGACACACCCAUGCGAGGGCGGUGCCGCACCACUGCUGGGUGGUGUCGAACGGCCUGAAGUGACGGCGGCAAACGUGCUGCGUAAUAUGCACUGGAAGACACAAAGCGCACUGACGAAGCUUGCGGCGGAAGAGGCCGCGCUUGCCAGCGCCCCGGAGGAGUGCCGGUACCUGCUCAGUCGUAUAGACACAGAUGCGGAGGGCGGACGGGAGGCACAGGUGACGGUGCUGUCGCCGCCACGUCAUCGUAACUCUUUGCACUCUUUCAAGAGUCACACAACAACACACGUCGCACAGACGACACAGGAGACACAGACGGCUGCAGAUAAGUGGGUGCCACUACGGCUCGGGCUGCAGCAGAAGUAUCCUGCCGUGGCUUUAACGGAGCCGCCUGCUGGAUACGGAACGGCGGUCGGCCCUAUGUCAAGGGGUUUGGCGAAGAAAGCAACAGCAGCGGAAACAACAACAACAACAGUACUCCAAACACUGGUGUCUUCGCAUCACGGGGCGGUGGAGCGGUACCACGACUUCGUUUCCAAGCACGGUGGUGCCACGCUCGGAUGGAGUGAGCAAGACCAUCAACGUUUCUUGCGCCUCGUGUUGCAGCUUCAGCGGGUGCAAGUGAAACCAAACGCCGUGGGCUGCGCCACAUCGCAUGCCUUCCCUCACGCUGAACUUCUCCACGUAGCAAUCACGUGUUUCGCGGACGAAAAGACACUGCCCGAGAUUGAAGAGCACGUGCGGCUUUUUCUACGCUAUCAGGAGCUUCUCUAUGAACGACGUGUGGCUGUCGAGGCGUAUCAGCAGCAGCGCCAGGCGGAUGAGGCGGAGGCCGCAGAGCUUGCCUUGUGGCACCACCGUCAGAAGGAGCAGCGCAACGCAGCUGAGCAGCAGAAGCAGGAACACAGCAGACAGAAGCGGCAGGUGGCCAUUAAGGCGAAGGUCGCCGAGUGGAGGGCCACCAAAGAGGAAGAGGUGGCCGCCCUGGGACAGAAGCAGCGGCGGGAGGCAGAGCUCUCACACCUGUGGGAGGUGGAGCAGCGACGCUCGCAACGCCUGGAAGUGAAAACACGGGAGUUACAGAAUUCCCUCAACGAUGCCCCGUAUGAAAACGGCGACGCUGCUGCUCCUGUUGUUCCAAUCACAGUGAUAAACAGAGCAAGCAACGCGCCGCUCGUCUCUCGUGAUGAGGCCAUUCUGCAGCAGCAACAGCUGCAAAGGCGUUGGCUGGAGAGCAAGCAGCGGGCCCUUCACCGCGCUUCGCAGAUCGCGGCGAAGCAGGCAGAGACCGCCCGGCAGAGUAAGGCAGCCAUCCUUGAGAGGCAGCAUCAGUCUCUCUGCGCCUCACGUGGCGUGGAGACAUCGUCUGCAACUCAGCCACCGAAAACACAGCGCUACCUUGACCCAACAGAAAGUAGCAGCGCACGUGUGUCCAGUGACGUAGGGGGCUGUGACAAGGUGAAUGAGAAACGCAGCGGAUGGCUCCAUCAUGCAACGGAAUUGAUUCCCACGCCUUCCGUACUCUGGCGAUCACAUAGGGGUGCCCCGUCAUGGUGUGGGCGAUCAUACACCGUGUAG